AUGCCAGCUGUAGACCCGCAGGAGACAGCAGCAGCCGAAACAAGAAGUCCUGCUCCUUCUCUUAGCAAGCUUGACGGUGGCAGCUUGAGUCCAGAUCGAGCUAUCUUCUUGCCAUCAGAUCGAACCUCUGGCAAGGUAUCACCGGACAUUCUGGCGAACCAUGCAGGUAGCUGCAGCAACGCACUUUCACCACCGUUGCCAAAUGAUGGGAUGUGUGGUUUGGCUAUCUCCAAUGAAGAGGCAUCUUGCAAUGAACAAGACCGAGAUUUUGGAGGUGUGCAGCCUGUAGUGCUGCGGUGUAAAGACAUUACGUACUCCGUUGCACUUCCUGUUGACGGAUCGUGCAUAUCCAGAUCUUGCCAGAAGCUGUGCACCUGCCGCAGAGGAGUUGGUGACGAGGUGAAUCUUGAAACUGACGAACGGCGGAAACUCAGAAAAGAUAUUUUAUGUCUCGAUGGCCUAGAGCUUGUAUUUAACCCAGGGGAUUGCGUUGCCUUGAUGGGCAGCAGUGGCGCCGGAAAAUCGACACUCCUGAAUUGUUUAAGCGGUAGGGUUUCGACGGGUCUGCGUGGGGAAGUGGAAAUGAACGGCAUGUCUUGCACGCCGCAGUUGUGCAAAGAGCUAAGCUGCUUUAUUCAGCAGGAAGACAUCAUUUUCGGAUACCUCACGGUGGAAGAACAUCUGUUAUUCCAGGCAUGCCUCCGUCUGCCUAAAGGAACCACAAUGAACGAGGCAAGGCGCACUACAGCGUGCUUGUUGGAAUGCUUUGGCCUAGCGCAUAUAGCGAAGUCAUUCAUUGGGGGUCCGCAUGAAGGUGCACGGGGAUCAAUUUCUGGGGGUGAGAAGAAACGGCUUUGCAUAGCCAGCGAGCUCUUGAGUAACCCAUCCGUUAUUUUCGCCGACGAGCCCACGAGUGGUUUGGACUCAUUUAUGGCCAAGGCCGUCUGCGACCAGUUGGCGACUCUCGCGGCAGCUGGUUGCACUGUCGUGUGUACUAUACACCAACCUAGCAGCUCGUGCUUCUCUUUGUUCAACAAGGUUCUUCUACUAGGAGAAGGGCGGGUGUUGUACUACGGAGAUCGCCUGGCUGCGGUUUCUUGGCUGGAACACUUGGGCUGCAAACCUUGUGGGGUCGAUGCAAACAUUGCUGAGUUCAUCCUCAAGGCCACAGCCCUUCAUCAUCUCGAUCCACAGUCUAAGGCUGCUCGUCUGCAAGAAUGGGCUGACGCAUGGAGGCUUGAGGGUCAAGCAUUCCUUAGGAAUUGGGAAGACCAGGGAAGAGACAACUUUAAGCAACGGAGCUGCACGUUUUCUUCCAUAUUGGAACCAGUGGGCCCUGCGCAUACUCCAAGACCUGAGGAUUGUAACAGGACAAAAUUGAGCCCGCAAGACUCGGAAUCCGAAUGUCGCAGAUCGAGGGAGGUUUCCGCGCGGCCUGCCCCAAUCGGGCAGGACAGUAGACCUAACAAUGUGGCUACGGCUCAGCGCGAUAUGGUCCAUGCUCUGACGUCCGAUAGGCUGGAGUCUGAGCGACGCAUGGAAUCGGAUGUCGGCCUGCUACCAGAUCGUCUUGACUCAGGUGUCCUGCGCAUGUGGGUUUACUUCAUCGGGACGUCAACCGGAGACACCGUAUUAUUUUUAAUUUUCCCCAUCAUCUUCCACACGAUUACUUUUUGGAUAAUGGGUUUGGCUGAAACAGCAACGAAGUUUUUCGCUUCUUUAGGCGUAUUGCUACUGUCGGUUUUAUCUCUCCAAUCAUACGGCUAUUUCAUAUCGGCCAUAGUGACCGAUGAGGUCGUCGCACUUGCCGUUACGCAAGUAGCCCAGGUUGUCUUAGCCCUCUUUUCUGGAUUCAUGACGCAGAUCGACCAGUUGAGUCCGUUCUUUAAGGUUGUUGCG